GAAAAAUUGUUCUGAAAGAAAAUAAAUACAAAUGGAAAUAACAUUUGUUUCAAAUUGUUGUUGCCAAAUUCGAAAAUAUCAAAGCAAAAAAUAAUGGCAAAAAGAUCACCAUCAACUAGUAUUGAACGAACAUCAUCAUCAUCAUCAUUUGAAUCGAUUGGUUCGAUUGGUAUUGGUUCAUCAUCCGGUAUUUCUGGAUCACCCGGUAUAAAAUUAAUAUUAGAUAUUACUCGUUUACGACCGGAAGAUGGUACAUUACCUGAAAAUGUUAGCCUUUAUGAUUGUAUUGUUUAUUUUAUGAUGUGUCCAAAUCAUGAUCGUAUUGCAAUAACAAGAUUAAAACGUGGACGUAAUAAUAAUCGUGAUAGUAUUAUUUGGUUACCAUUUAUUGUAUUACAAGAUAAUGUUACAUGGGAACAAGCAGCACAAGAUGGUUUAACAAUGCUGUUCGGUUAUAGAGAUGAUGAAGAUUCAAUGCAAAUUGUUAAUGGUGGUGUUUCAAAAUUACCACCAAUGCAAGUAACACCAAUGCAAUUUUUACGUUUUCAAAUGUCUGGUGAUCGUUAUUUCAUUCGUUAUACACAUUUUGUACAUAUGGAAAAACAAGGUGAUUAUGUUUGUUGUCAAGAUAUUGAACAAUCCGAUCGUUCAUCAGUAAUAACAUGGAUGACAAUGAAUGAAAUUGUACAGAAUGAAUAUUUAUGGGGACCAGAAAUGUUAAAUUUUACUGAAAAACUUGCUGAACAAAUGACAACAAGUUUAGAUGAUACAUUAACCGGUAGUCAAAUUGGUGGUGGUUCAACAGUAAAUGAUCAAUUAAUUGAUUUACAAAUUAAUGAACAAACAUUAGAUGAUGUUUGUGAAAUAUUAACGGAUAAAAUAUUUGGAAAAUUUUUAACCGCAUGUAAAAUGACAAAUGAAACCGUAAUUGCUAUUUAUGAAGAAUAUAUGGAACAUUGUUGGCCAUCAACAUUAAUGUGUAUGGCUGCAUUUAAAACAUUUCUUAUUCGUUAUGGUUAUUCACGUAGUGAUACUAGUGCACAAGAAUGGAUAUUCAAUGCAUUGGAUAUUAAUCGUUUAGGUUAUUUAGAUUUUAAUCAAAUAUUAAUCGGUAUUGUUUGUUUAGAUCCAAAUACAAGUAAUGAACAUAGUAUACGUUUAAAAAUGAUAUUUCGUUUUUAUGCAUUGGAAAAAAAUGAUGAAUUAUCAUUUGAAGAAUUUGUUUCGCUUGUACAUGAUUUAUAUCCAAAUUUAGAAACAAAAAAAUUAAGACAAAUGGUUGAAGAUUUAGAGAAAAAAAUACGUGAUUUAAAUAAUAUUGUUGGUAGUGGUGGUGGUAGUGCACAACCAAUUACAUUUCAAAUAUUUGAACAAGCAAUACGUAAUCGUAUAUUAAAAGGAACAGAAAAAUUAGUACGUUCAACAAAAUCAAUAAUAACAUUAAUGUUACAAAUGAAUAAAAUGAAAAAAGAAUCACGUUCAGGUACAAUGAUUGUUAGGCAUCAUAAAUCACCACCAUCACAAUCAACAACAGGAACAACAACAACAAGUGCUGGUGCUGGUGCUGGUGCCGGUAGUAAAAAUCGUAAUCGUAAUGGUACAUGUAAUGGUUGUCGUAUACAAAAAUAUAAAUUUGGUUCACAUUGUGUUUGUUUGGAUACAAGUGGUCGUUGUGUAAAACCAUUACGUUUAUUUGAUGUUGAAAUACGUGAUACAAUAACACCAUCACGUUAUUCAGCCGAAUAUGUAUUCGGUAUGAAUACAAUAUGUCGUAAUUUUUUAGAUCUAGUACGUCGUGCAUAUCUACAAAAUGAUAAUCUAUUUUCAACAUCGGAAGAUUUACCACUUGCCUUACAAACAAUACGUACAUUAUGUGAAUUUGUUCGUUUAAUAUUAGAAUGUGAAGAUCGUUUUAUGAAAAUUAAUGCACCGGCAAUUGUUAUUGGUGAUAUUUGUGGCCGCAUUGAAUCAUUAAUGUCAUUGGAAAAAGUUUAUUGGACCCAAGUACCAAUCAUAACAACGAAUCUAAUAUUUUUAGGAAAUUAUAUUUCUGGUCAAGGAUCAACAAUGCAAUCAAGAUCAAAUGUUGAUGUUAUUUGUUAUUUGUUUGCAUUGAAAAUUGCCGCACCGAAUCAAGUUUGUUUACUACGUGGUUAUAAUGAAACAUCGGAUCAAUCAAAAGAAUUAUUAAAAGAAUGUGUACAAAAAUAUGGCCAAGAUGAUGGUCGUCAAAUGUGGACCGAAUUUAAUCGUGCAUUCAAUCUAUUACCAUAUGCUAUACUAGUGGAUGAAAAUAUAUUAUGUGUUCAUUCGGGUUUACCACGAUUAUCAAUGCCUAUUAAUAAAUUUUCCGAUAUACCGAAAAAAGUAGCAAAUCUAGCUAAAGAAAGUCCAUUAGCAUUGGAGUUAAUUUCAAGUGUUCCAAAAGAUCCAUCGGAUAAUCAACAAACAUUCAGUAAUUCGGAUGAACGAAGAAUUGAAUUUAAUCAAUCAAUAUUUCGUAAUUUUAUGCAAACAAAUUCAUUAUCAUUUAUGGUACGUGGUCAUGAUCAACCAAACGAUGGUUUUCGUUUACAUUUUGAUAAUCGUUUAAUAACAAUAACAUCGGCAAUUGAUAGAAAUUCAACAAUUUUAUUGAUUGAUAGUGAAAAUGAUGAAUUACGUUUGGUUAGAGUAACAAAUGCAAGUACAAUUAGUACAAGAACUAAAGAUGAUCAAUUUGAAUAAAUAGUUGAAAAAAUAACAGCACUUUUUUUAAAUAAA